AUGUCGAAGAGAAUAAUGUGUGAAGUAUUCUGUACUGCUGAGGACUUAGGAAUGGACAUCUUUUAUAGCGAUACGGACAGUAUGCAUCUCUACAAUGAAGAUAUCCCUCGUUUAGCUGAAGAGUUUGAGAAACGUUAUGGAAGAGUUCUCAUUGGUAAAAACCUUGGUCAAUUUCAUAGCGACUUUGCAGAAAUCACACCUGGAAAACAAAGUUUAGCAUACAAGUCAAUAUUUUGUGGAAAGAAGACUUACAUAGACUUACUCACGAAUGAUUUAAAUGAAGUUGCAUUUCACUGCAGAAUGAAAGGCGUGAAGCAAGAUGUUAUUGCUUUAACCGCUAAUGAAAUGUUUCCUGACUCUGUUUAG